UGGCUUAAAUAUUAAUACAACUCUCAUUAGAUUAAACAUUAUACAUUAUUCACCGGGUUAUUUUACUUUGCACGUUUUCGAAUUAGAAAUUAAUCACCAUCCACGUUUUCCAAGUUAAAACUAACUACCUCGUUUUUCUUUUAUCACCUUAUAUUAUCUUAUAUAUUUCGUAUUAACUGGUUAUUCGUACAUACGCAGCAUUCACGCCGCUUUAGUGUUCGAUAUACCCAAGAUGAAAGCGUGGUUUCAAGAAAUAUUCACCAGUCUCAUUCGGAUUGAGGACACCCAAAAAACCCUAAUGGGCAUGGUGGUUGGUCUAAGCAACACCAAAUCUGCUGUUAAUGCGCCGGUGGAAGCUUUAAAAUUCAGCACAACAGCAGACGAGCUGGAUAGUCACCUGACUUAUUGGCUGGACCUAAAUGAUUGUGAACGUCAGUCCUUGAUUGCAUCUUUGUCCAAUGUCACACUUGCAUCACAAAAUCUCUCUGGCAAGCUUUCUAGUAUGUUGUUGGCCCUGGCACCCAGCUCAGUUUGGUCUUUAUAUAGCCGGGAUGGGAAAAGAGGGAAAAGGAGUAUUAGCCCAAGUAUUCUUCCUAUCAUAAUAGAUUCUCUGCAGCUAAGAUCGCAAAAACGCAUUAACGCCCAUAAGGUGGCAGAGGCGCUCGGGGAUCAAUUAAAACGAAUGCCAAUGCAUGCAAAACGCGCAGCAGUCAAGACAGAAGCCAGAUUAAUAGGCACACCUAGUCGGGCACCAAAGAAGGCUAAUAUUGCACCUGAAUCUAUUGGGAAUGAUAAUUCUGACAAUAACGCCUUUGAUGAUAUUUGCAACGAUGAUAUUUCGUUUACCAAAGACAGUGAUUAGAUGAAAAAUGUACACAGAUUAUAUUACUAUGUUAUUAAUUUUUUUCCUUAUAAUAAACUUCUGAAUUAAA